AAUUUCGGAUUUCUCAUACAACAUUGUUCUCAGCGUUUUUUCGGAGGAAACCCUGUAAAAAACAUUUCUAGGGUUAAACCUACUGAUUUUACUAAUUUUUCUGUAAUUUCCUCGGUUGAAUGUAAUAUUAAAUUGGUUUAAUAGUUUUUUCUGUUGUAAAUCGAGUUUUAAGAAACUGCAAAUGCUUUAUUUCGUGAAUUUUCUGUGUUGUAAAUCUAGAUUCAUGGUUGAGUGUUUUGAGUCUUGACAUCAAGUUCUCUGAUUAUUUUUACUCAGUUCCCUGAUUAUUUCCUGAUUUUUCUGUGCUUGUAAAUCUGGAUUCAUGGUUGAUUGUAUAUGUGCGAGUGAAAUUCUAUAUAUUUUUACUAAUUAUUUGGUGGUUAAUUGGAUUACUUUAGUCUUGGAAUAGAAUUUGAUGCAAAUGUGAGUACGAGCCAAAAGCUGAAAACAUAUAACCUGACCUUUUUUAAUGCAUAGUUCUGAAACUCCUAUUUAUUUCAAGUGUUGGUUCACUUGUUGAGGAGUCUGAACUUUGUUAGUCUUUUACAAUGGCUUUGUCAUCUUAUAUAAGUUAGAACAAAAUCAUUUUAAGUAAAAUAGUCAGAAAAUAGUCAGAGGCAUUGAGUUUAACAGCUAUAAUUUUUUGUUGGCUUUCGUUUACUUUGUGAGGAACAUCUCGCUAGACCAGUUCUCAGAAUAAUGACACGGCCCCUGAAAUCUUUUAGAUCAAAGGUUUCUAGAGAGAAUAUUUUUGGAAUUACUGCUGCAGAAGCACCAGAAAGCUUCAAAAUCUCGACAACAAAAACACCAGAAAGCUCUGAAGGUUGAAGCCAAACACAAAUGAACGCAGCUAUAAAAAGCUGCAGACCCCUAAAGAACUGAAAUGGAACCCCGGGCUUAAAGAGAGAAGUUAAUGACGAGAACUCCAAAAAUAAUAGCCCAUAAGAAACCAGAUUGAAAGUGGCUUUGUGAAGAAACCAUUUCGAAGAAUGGCGGUUUCUCGACUCAGAGAAGCUGGUCUGCCAUUAAUGAAUCUUUUGAAGCUCAGGGGAAAACCCAUUUUGGAGCAACUCCAACUGGAGGAAAGGCUUCUUCGUACAUCUUCAGACAAUUGGUGCAUCAUCAAUGAUGGCACAAACACACCCACCAUCGUGAUGGGCAUAUCAGGGAAGCCAUCACAGCUUAUUGAAAUUGAACCAGUGAUACGUGAUCGCAUACAUGUAAUAAGGAGGUUUUCAGGGGGGGGAACUGUAAUUGUUGAUAAAGGAACAGUUUUUGUGACUUUUAUAUGCGACAAGGAUGCAAUACCAGGCUUACAACCAUAUCCUCAUCCUAUCAUGUCAUGGACUGGUCAACUAUACUCCACUGUGUUUCAAGGGAUUCCUGAUUUUCAGCUCCGUGAAAAUGAUUAUGCAUUUGGUAAUCGUAAGUUUGGUGGCAAUGCUCAAUCUAUAACAAAAGGGCGAUGGAUCCAUCACACUUCAUUUUUGUGGGAGUAUGACAUCAAGAACAUGGAGUAUCUAAAACUACCAGUCAAGGCCCCAAAAUAUCGUUCAGAGAGGCACCAUGGUGAAUUUCUUUGUCAAUUGAAGGACUUUCCAAUAUUAAGAUCAGAUUUUAUUGAGAAAGCAGUUUCUUCCAUUGGAAGCUAUUUCUCAGUGGAACCCGUGGAGUUGAAAGAGAUUUUGGCUUCAUCGGAUGCAGUUUACCCCCAUACAACCAAACUCCUUGCAUUAAAUGAAUUGCAGGCAUUUUUUCCUGAGGUAACUUAGUUUCUUUUUUCUUGUAGGUGUGGUAAUUUUCAGGUCAAUCAUCCCCAUUUUCAUCUUUCUCAAGUAUUGAACUGUACAAUUGAGUUAUGCAUAAGGAAAUAGUACCAUUAAAAUUAUUUGUUUUCCCAUUAUAUUUAUGGGUUUGAAUCUCUUGUUCAUGUAUUCCAAAACGAUGAAAAGAUAUUAAAUUUUUUUAUAG